AUGAUGAACUUCGCAUCUGUAAAAGUGUUCUUUUUUGCAGUGGAGCCAUGGUUCGAUCGCAUCCCACGUGCUCUCUCAGCUGCUGGCACAUUUUGGCAGGGAACCUGUGCGUCGGUAUUUGAACGAGCUUUGGAAGUGUUUGUUCUGAUUGCAAAACGACUCUUCGAUGCAUUACGCAAUUUGGUGCUCUGUUCAACAGUUGUAUCUCUUUUUCAUGGUGAAGAAUUACUGCCAUGUAAAAACUACAUUGUACUUGUGGCGCGUAUCAAGGCAUGGCUGGAUGAACGUAAAAAACUACAUCCUGCCGGGUAA